AUGGAGAACAUCGGAGAGGCGAGCAGUGUUCAAUCUGACACACCGAUCGGCUCAGAGGCAGCCCUCAAACAAGAUAGUGUGCUUGUCAGAGCACGUACAGCGACUGGCACUGAGUUUCUUGUGGAGAAGCUGUCUGAAAGUAAACCGAGGGAGACAGAGCUGCUGGAGAGUGUCAAAUUCAGCUUUAAUGUGGAGUCCCUUGGCCUUACUCUCUACAGUAACGAUCCUGCACAGCCCUCUGUACAUAAGGAGCCGUUGUGUUUAGGUGAAUUUAUGCUGUGUAAAAUGAAGACUUCAGGCAAAAUGUUUAGCAACGGUAACAUGGAGGUCUCCACCAUCCUCACCACAUGCACACUGGAUGACAGACGGAGCGGUAUUCAAAGAGUCACAUCCAGGUGA